ACUUGUAGAGCCGUGGCCGGAGCUAUGCUGAUUGUAUCGUUAUUGAUCCUCGUGAUAUUGUUGUGGGUAGCACUGUUCAAAUAUGGCCGACGCAGGAUGUAUGAACUGGCAGCUAAAGUAACGGCGCCUAAAAGUGAGCGACCCUUGAUUGGGGUGGCUCACACAUUCUUAGGGGACACCGAAGAUAUAAUGACAAGAUUACAGGGUUACAGCUACGAAGCUAUGUCAAGUAAUGGGGGAAUGUUACGAGGAUGGCUUGGCCACAUAUUGUAUUUGUUUACAGUUGAUGCCAAUGAUAUUGAAGUGGUGCUGAAGACUCACAUGGAGAAAGAUGAUUUGCAUCGCUUUGUUCAAAAAACCAUUGGUUACGGCGGUAUUUUUGCACCAGUUCAAAUUUGGCGGCCAAGACGGAAAGUAAUGGUACCAAUGUUUAGCCCGAAAAUUCUUGAGAAUUUUGUCGACGUGUUUUCCUUACAAAGUGAAAUACUAUCAAGAAAGUUAGAGGCUCGUGCAGGCAAGGGUUCGUUCAGCAUCUGGACCCAUCUGUCUUCUUAUACAUUGGAUUCUGUUUGCGAAACAACGUUAGGAAUCAAACUGAAGGCUCAGGAUGAUCCAAAGACACCGUUCCUGUUCUACCUCAACAAGUUACUAGAUCUAAUUACUCAAAGAAUAUUCCAUUUGUGGCUCCAACCUGACUGGAUGUUCAAGUUGUUCCCGCAGUUUGUUGAACACGAGGAGUGUGUCCGGGUGUUACACGAGUUCACUGAUCAGGUAAUAAAGAAGAAGCGAGAAGAAUUAAAAAUAGAAAAGAUAGCUCGACCUGAGGCCGACAGUUACUGCCAACUGCAAGAUUAUAAAAACAAAAGCUUUCUAGACUUAUUGAUACUGCUGUCGGGGGGUGAAAGAGGUUACAGUGACGAAGAGCUGCGAGAAGAAGUAUUAACUUUGAUAAUAGCAGGUACCGACACGUCAGCUGUUGGCAUCGGGAACACACUCAAGUUAUUGGCCAAAUAUCCUGGAGUGCAGGAAAAGCUUUAUUUAGAACUACGACAUGUAUUUGGUGAUUCCGACAGGCCACUAGUUAAAGAUGAUUUGCCAAAGUUGAAAUACUUAGAGAGAGUAAUCAAAGAAACCCUACGAUUGUUUCCACCUGUUCCAUUUAUAAUAAGAAAAGUUUUAACAGAAAUGAAACUACCUUCCGGGCACGUCCUUCCCAUCGGAUCAGGUGUGGUGGUAUCCAUUUGGGGAGUCCACAGACACCCGAAGUACUGGGGACCAGAUGCUGAUAAAUUUGAUCCGGAUAGAUUUCUCCCGGAGAGGUUUCAAUUAAGCAAUCCGUGCGCUUACAUGCCCUUCAGCAACGGACCACGAAAUUGUUUAGGAUAUCAAUACGCGUUGAUGUCGAUGAAAACAGCUGUUGCUCGAAUACUCAGGUCCUACAGGGUUGUGGGUGAUGAGGAGUCGAGUCCGAAUCCACAAAUGAGAGUCAAAUUGAACAUAAUGAUGAAGGCUGUAGACAAUUAUUCAAUUUGUUUAGAAAAGAGAGAUCGCUGAUAUAAUGUGCAUUAUCAAGAACUUAGACGUUGGAUAUUAAAUAAACUAGUUCACUGCUUCGACUUCAUCUGGGAUAAAUUAUGUAUCACUUUAAAAUAUGAAAAUUGAUGUCUGUCAGAAAAGCUAAACAAAAUAAUUCCAAUUGCAUUGCAAUUCCACGUGCUUAUUUAAUAAAACAAUUUUUUUUUUAAUUACUUAAUUACGCCUAUACUUAAUUACUUGAUUAAUUAGACUGUAUUAAAGUUUAUAAGUUAUAUAUAUAUGUUAAUAAGUUUUUUUUGAAGUCGUUUGGUUUUUUUGUAUAAAAAAAAUAUUUAUUUAUUUUUUGUGAAUCUGAAUUAAACUAAUAAAUUGUCUAAAUAUAA